AUGGAGAACAAUUUUGAGGUUUUAGGUACUAAAGGUUUGCUGAAGAAACAUGAAUUUGUUAGGAUUCUGGUCCAAUGCUUAUACUCCUUAGGUUACAAGAAAUCUGCAUCUUGUCUAGAAUUGGAAUCAAGCAUCUCGUAUAAAUCCUCAGACUUUGAUUUUCUUGAAAUUCAAGUUCUGAGUGGCAAUUGGGAUAGUUGCCUUGCGAUUCUCGAUAGGAUUUUUAAUAAUCCGAAUGAUGAGACGAGGAACACUGCUUUGUAUCUUGUCUUCAAGCAGUACAUGUUUGAGUAUUUGAAACGAGGGGAUACUAGUUUAGCCUUAAAUGUGCUGCAGAAGCAAGCUCCGAUGUUACGGGUGGGGAAAGAGAAGAUUCACAGGCUUGCUUGUGAUAUUGUUACUUCGAAAGAGAUGGAGUCUGGUGAAGUAGACAGCUUUUUGGUUCAGGAUUUGAGGAAAAGUUUGUUGGUUGAGCUGGAGAAGUUGAUUCCUUCGCCAGUUGUUAUACCUGACAAAAGGUUGGAACAUUUGGUUGAGGCUGCUGUGAUGGAUCAGAUUGAUACGUGCCUGUAUCAUAACUCAUGGGAUGCUGUGUCACUCUACAAGGAUCACCGUUGCGGUAGAGAUCAAAUUCCUUCAGAAUCAGUCCAGGUUUUGAUGGCUCACAAAAAUGAAGUGUGGUUUGUGCAGUUCUCUAAUAGUGGCAAAUAUUUGGCCACUGCAUCAAGCGAUUGUACAGCUAUUAUAUGGAAGGUUUUGGAUGACAACAGAAUCGAGCUGAUGCACACGCUUCAGAGCCACCAAAACCCGGUUUCAUUCGUUUCGUGGAGCCCAGACGAUACUAAGCUGCUUACAUGCGGAAACGCUGAGGUUCUUAAGCUAUGGGAUGUUGACACAGGUGUGUUGAGACACACGUUUGGAAACAGCGAUAGCGGAUUCACGGUCAGCUCUUGCGCAUGGUUCCCUGACUCAACUCGGCUUGUCUGUGGCAGUUCUGACCCGGAGAGAGGGAUUGUAAUGUUGGAUACUGAUGGGAACGAGCUCAAAGCCUGGAGAGGAACGAGAAUCCCAAAGGUAGUGGAUUUGGCUGUGACGCCAGAUGGGGAGAGUAUGGUCACAGUGUUUUCGGAUAAAGAGAUCAGGAUCUUGAAUUUGGAGACGAAACUGGAACGUGUGAUCUCUGAGGAACAGCCGAUUACUUCCCUUUCGGUUUCCGGUGAUGGUAAGUUCUUUAUAGUGAACUUGAGCAGCCAAGAGAUUCAUCUUUGGGAUCUCGCUGGAGAGUGGAAACAACCUUUGAAGUUCUCGGGUCACAAGCAGAGCAAAUACGUGAUACGGUCAUGUUUUGGUGGGUUAGAUAGUUCUUUCAUCGCCAGUGGAAGCGAGGAUUCACAGGUUUAUAUAUGGAAUCUGAAGAACGCUAAGCCGCUUGAAGUGUUGUCAGGUCACUCAAUGACUGUGAAUUGUGUGAGCUGGAACCCGAGAAAUCCUCGGAUGCUGGCCUCUGCGAGUGAUGACCAGACCAUUCGUAUUUGGGGACCGGGUCAACCGAAUAAGCCGGAGAACCGGUUAGAUAACCAGAGACUGCUUUUUUUUUGA